UCCCGUUUCCUCGCUGGUCAGUGAACAACAGGAGAACAGACAUGCAAAACCGUAGGAGAAUACCUUGCUCUUGAUCUUGACUAGCUUUCUCCAGAGUUUAGGGAGGAGCAUUGAGUUAUGAAGGAGUGCUUGUUUAAAUCAGGACCUGUCUCUAGGAGAUUAACUGCAUAAAUCACGGAAUCAUACAAUCGGUUGAGGAGAGUCUAGAUAGUUACAAGCCAGCCGGGUCUGGCCGUCAGCGUGUGCGGGAAUGGCAGCUCCCCGACCGAUAAAAGGCAUCCUGAAAAAUAAGAACAGCGGGUCAAGCGUCAAAUCGCUGUCUGGCGACCCACUGCCGGAGAACACCGAACACGACCCGGGACUUUCGGAAGAUGACCAUCAGAAGAAAUCCCAGAAAUGGGAUGAGAUGAACAUCCUGGCAACGUACCAUCCACCUGAUAAAGAUUAUGGCCUGAUGAAGAUAGAUGAACCCAGCACACCUUACAACAGGAUGGUUGGAGAUGAUGAUGAUGAGGGGGCGCUGAGUGACUCGGAAGGCCAAAGCGGACUUGCAGCGGAUGACCUGGCAUCAAAGUUGGUGGCAGCUGAAGACUUGGAGCCUCGUUUCAUGAAAGAAGAAGUAGAAGAAGAAGAGGAGGAGAGCAGUGAGGAGGAGGAAGAGGAGCUGACUCCAGAAGAACAAGCCAGAAAGAAGCAUUUUCAGAUGAUGAGGAAGAUGCACUACAACGAGGGCCUGAACAUAAAACUGGCUCGUCAGCUUAUUGCCAGCGAGCUAGAAGAGGACGAAGAUGAAGAGAUGAGGGAUGACACGGAGGAGACGGAGGAGAUCAGUGUUGACCCACCCCAGGAAGUUGAUUCUUUGGACUCGUAGAUGAGGACCGUCUCCCACCUUCAGUCCUGUGUGUCAGCACAAGAUGCAGACAGACUGUGCCACUGAGCUCUGUUUCAGCGCAGAGCCAUACAGCAAACACCACUUCACCACCCAUGUAACAUCUCAACAGCCAAUAAAUUUCUGGUCACUUGUUUGUUAACUUGUCCAUAGAACUGUGCAAUAUAACCUCCAAAAAUGCAGAUUUUUUUUUUUCCAACCCCAGGAAUUAGUACAACAUACAAGUGGAGACUGUUGCUUGUCCCUCUUCCUGUUUUGCCAAGAAUUUCCUCCUCCCACCUCUUCUGGACAGGCAUCAGACUGAAUUUAGUCUCUAAAAGGAGGAUCAAGGCUUUUUUAGAGAGACCAAAAAAAAAAAAGAUAGAAUAAACAGGAAUAAAGUGUUAGUAAACCAGGAUUCCCGCCUGGCCCAGUCAGCACAUCAUUCCUGGAAGAAGCCAAGGGAAACCCCACAGCUUCAUUAUAGGCAUAUCUGAGACGUGACAACAUUUUCACAGGCUGCAACUCACAUGGCUUUUUUGUGACCUGGCACUAUGAUGUAUCCCGUUUCCACCAAAACAGUGGAGGGAGAUUAAGUCUCAAGGCGACCAGUUCAGCUGUUUGGUGUUUUCUCACUUCACAUUAUUUUCAGUUCAAUAGCUUUGAUCCACAGAAAAUAGGAAUAUUUCACUUAAUAUUGGCAUGAUGUGGUAAUUUUGGGAACAUAUGUAGCCCAUUAGUCUUAAUUGUACCAUAACAUUUUUAUUUAAAGAUGCCUUACAGCUAAUAUUAAACAGUGAUCGACUUGUGCAUGCUGCAGUGUGGUGGUUCUCAAAUUUUGGGGACAGUGAAAAGCAGGCUUCAUAUAUGGACUUAAACACACGCUAAAAGGAAUAUCUUGUAAAACCUUUUUUUUUCAGCCAGAUAAAGCCUCUUCAAUUCAACAUUUCUGCAGUGAAUGAUUGGUUUUAAAAUGAUUUUUUUUAUUUAGAAUGAGAGGAUCGUGCAUCUUUUCCAGCAUUUGAACAAAGGAAAUGACCGAAAAGUUGAGGUUUGAGAACUACUUCCUGUAGUGUCAUCAUAAUGCUGACCUAUUAAAGUCCUUAUUUGCUUUCUAUGUGGAGUGGCAAUAAACCCCACAGGCAGCCUCAUUUUAAAUGUAGAAACAUGUAUACCUCAGAGCCAAACUCAAGGCGUUUUCCAAAUUAAGCCCCUUCAAUAAAUUUGGCACUGGGUGGAACUUUGUCAGUAAAAGUGAUUAAAAUGGUUCUUCAUCUUUUUGCUUUUAUAUUUACGAUUGUUUUAUGCAAGACAAGCUGGUCAGUUUUCAAUGUUUUCUGGUCAGAAUAAGGUAAAGACGGGUUUAGCAGGUGGAAGGAGAGACAGUAUUGAAAUGUUGCUGCUGAAGUUUUAGCGUAUGCUACUGAUAAACAGGACUAUGUGCAGCUCCUGUCUUUAACAAGUUACAGCUUUAAGGAUCUCAUGUAGGAACCAGCACUCGCUGUGCUCUUUCUUUGAUCGUUUGUCUGACUCGUCGCCCCAUCUGAGCUUCACUGGAUGGAAUUUGGAGCAAUGGUUAGAUUUCCAUGCUGGCUGAUCUACUUUAAGAGUCUUGCACGACAGUUUGUGAACAUCAUGC